CACACACAUCAGAGAGAGGCUCACGGCAUUAUACACACACACAAUACUAGAAACAUGGCUGCUUAGCACACACACACACUGUCGUCCGAUUUUGACAGAUACCACUCGUUAAAGUUGCACCAGUCUGCGUGAGAAAGUGAGCAGAAGGUAACGAGAAAUCGGUGGCGAUUUGUGAGGGACUUGCGCGUUCGUACGGAGCCCGCGCUCUGUUAUCUUAUCGGGGCCUUGAUUUGGCUUCCAAGUUUAGAUUCGAUCGCGGCCCCCUCCCACAUCCUACUACUGCCCACUCGAUCACGACUCGCAACCGCCCAAUUUUUGUCGUCUGAGCUCCUUUGUGCUAUCGGCUCGUGUGGGAUAUUCGCGACGAAAAGGGGAGUGCAACCUUAGCAAUGACCACCAUAUCUCAAGUGUUGGCCAAUCUCUACGUCACCAUCAGUUGCUCAUAGGAGAAAUGCAGGUGCUCGGUCAGUGAUCCGCCUAAUACCCAAGAGUUUCCUCAUUCCAGUUCGCCAUGUCGGAAACCAAGAACAAGCUCAGCAAGGUGGCCAGGCUGAGGAAACGACUCAGUGACAGCUUGGGCAGGCUGGCCUCUCUGGCCAAAGAAGACUGGUCCAUCAGCCGAACAAGAUCUCAGACCAGACUCUCUCACAUGGGCUACCGCAAGGACCACAACGGACUCAGCAUGAGGGGCAAAGCAGGAUUCUCUGACGAGUAUCUGGACAAGCUGGACAGUGAAACCAGGGACUCGCUGCAGGAGAAUGGUGAUGCAUCUGGUGGCCAAGGUGAGCCAGACCUCCGAUGGGAGAGGCUACGACUAAGUGACGGAGAUUUGCUCAGCGCCAGCCGGGAUCCAGAAUUCGAAAAAUUGAAGGGUUCUGGUGGUGCCGAUUCCGGUUUGGGAAGUGACGAUGCGUGUGCUCAAGAUACCAGCAGCCGAAUUGCUACGGUUGGAGGUGAACAAGUGGUGCUGAGACGUAGUAAGAAAUCGUCCUCGUCCCACCUGAAACAGCGUCCCAAAUCGGAGGUUUACCGACACCAGCCCAUCGACCCUCACCUGGCCGGAGCCAGUGUCGUCCUACCCAGCGCAUCCGCCAUCAAUUUGAAACCCUCCGAGUCUAUUCGUCGCUCCAAAAGAUACUCAGCCUUCGGGGGAACCAGUCCGUUUGGCAAAAUCGAGAAUUACCUACGACUGGAGCAGCUAGGCGAAGGCUCUUACGCCACCGUCUACCGAGGAUUCAGCAAUUUGACUCAGCAAGUGGUGGCGCUGAAGGAAAUUCGUUUGCAGGAAGAAGAAGGUGCUCCAUUCACGGCCAUCCGUGAAGCUUCUCUACUUCGUGACCUGCGCCACGCCAACGUCGUCACCCUGCACGACAUUGUGCACACGAAAACGUCGCUAACGUUCGUCUUUGAAUACGUCCAUUCGGAUUUGGCUCAGUAUCUGGAGAGGCAUCCGGGCGGAUUGCAGGCUCACAACGUCCGUUUGUUCCUGUUUCAGCUCCUGCGUGGCCUCUCGUACGUCCACCGGCGCAAGAUCCUCCACCGGGAUCUCAAGCCGCAGAAUUUGCUCAUCAGCGAAGUCGGCGAACUCAAAUUGGCCGAUUUCGGGCUGGCCCGCGCCCAAUCGGUUCCGUCGCACACCUUCUCAAGCGAAGUCGUGACCCUCUGGUACCGGCCGCCUGAAGUCCUACUCGGCUCAACGCAAUACUCUUCGCCGCUGGACCUCUGGGGCGUUGGCUGCAUCUUUGUCGAGCUCCUGACGGGCAGUCCGGCAUUUCCAGGCGUCAAAGACGCUGCCGAUCAAUUGGAAAGAAUCUUCAAGAUUUUGGGGACGCCGACGGAAUCGACGUGGCCGGGCGUGUCCCGUCUGCCGCUCUACAAGCCGCAGCGCUUGAACUUUUACCGGACGCAGAGGCUGGGCCACGCGUUCCCUCGUCUCUACGACAUUAGCCAGGCCGAGAAUUUGGCCUCGAAACUGCUCCAAUUGCAGCCCAGCACCCGACUGACGGGCGAAACGGCCGUCCGGCACAAAUUCUUCCAGGAGCUGCCCUCGCAACUAUUUAACCUGUCUGACGACGUGUCCAUUUUCACGGUCCCGGGCGUCGGUCUCUACCCGGAAGAGCGGAAAUUCCCUCCUGUCGUUCUCAGAGCGGCCCAGGAGUUGAAAAACAAGGCCAAAUUUUAAUUAUUUUUUUAAAUAACUAAAACACAAAACUAAAAAAAAAAAAAUUAAGAAAAAGAAAAUUUCAGAAAUGAAAUUUUUAUUUUAAUUUCCUUCCUUCCUAUCUCGAAAUCCGUUCCAUAAUAGCCGCCAUACAUGCCAAUCCCGACACGACAAAAGAAAAGUCCUCCCGCACUAUCAAACGGUAUUAUAUAUUCACUCGCUUUAUAAGAGCGUCAAAGUGAAAAGAGACAACAAAAAAGUUAUUUUAUGGAUAACGGCAGAAAUCGAUUUGCCUCCAAGUGGUACACCCCUCGAUCUUUUUCCUGUGUAGAGCCAAUCUCCGUUUGUUUUUCCCUCCACCUUUUGUUGAUUUUGUGUUUUUAUUUCUUUAAGAGAUUGGCCAGUUUUCAUUUCCAUCUAGUAAAACACGUCCCUUCCUGUUUAAAUAGUUAAUUGACAAGCAAACAAUGAUUAAGGAAGCAAUACUGUGUAUCCCUUUUUUAUAUAAAAGCUCAGAUUCUUGUUUUGAAUGACCGGAAGACACGCCCCUAGCCCGCCAAUUUUGAAUUGGCUUCGAUUUUUGUUUUUCCCCCGCCCUUUUUUAAACAGACACCGCCGCCCCCUCCUAUCGACAAGGUUUCCAUUCACGAAACUUUCGACACACUAGAACUCUUAACAACAACAAUUUUUGAUGCCAAAACAACAUUAAUUCUUUUGCAUUGUCAUAUCGUUGCCAUUUUUACUGCUGUCCCCUCCGAAUUUUGUUCAAAAACAAAUUUAUUCGUCCACCACUACUAUAUUAAAUAAUAAUAAUAAUAAUAACUCCUACCCGUUUGUAACCGUCCUAUCACUUUUAACUGCAUUUGCUGUUGUCGACAUUUUUUCGUACCCGAUUGUCAAAACAAACAAAUUUCGUCCCAAAAUUGAAAACAAUUAUCCGGAAUACCCCAAAAAGAAAAGAGACAAGUUGAGAAAGAAGGCCACCAAUGCUUCCGCCUGCGUCUACUCACGAUAGUAAUUGUUUCAUCAUAAUAACCCUCCUCUUCCUACUCUCCCAAAUUCGUCAAAAGCAAAACUAAAACUUUUCAUCAUUUUUUUAGGACCUUGGCGAAUUCAUCCAUUGAUUGUUUGUUCCUCAGUGCUGUUAAUAUUGUUGAGCGAUGACUAUCGAAAAAAGAAAGAAAAAAAGUAAUUCAGAGAAUAACGACGAUUAUAUCCCGAAAGAAUUUAAAGAAGCUAAAAAAAAAUUUAAAAAAAUGUCACACAAAAUAAAUUCCAGCCGCAUCCGUCGAAGAAUUUGGGAAAUUUUAAAGAAAUUGUGUUUUUUUUUUUGCCAUCGUCGUUCGUCGUCCUCUUGUGUCAAGUGUCCGCGUUAUUGUCUUCUUAUAUCGACAUCCAAAUAAACAUCUUGUAUAACCUCAA